AUGGGGGAUUUUAAUUCAGCUUUGCAUGCUGAUGAUUCGUCUUUUGGAACGUCUAGUCAAUCGAUAGGCAUGCGGGAUUUUUAUGAGUGUGUGCAACAGUCGGAGCUUGUUGAUGUUAAAGGGCAUGGAAUUCAUUUUACAUGGAACCAGAAGCCGAGAGAAGGUAUUGGUUUGCUUAGGAAAAUUGAUCGAGUUAUGUGUCAUAUCAAGGGUCUGGAGAUGUUUCCGGAUGCCUAUGUUAUCUUUCAUCCUUCCCGUGUUUCCGAUCACACCCCGUGUAUCUUGAAGCUGAAUAAUGUGAACACUUCCUACAAGCCGAAGCCGUUUAAAUUCGCAAAUUUUAUAACCUCCAAACCUGAUUUCAAAGUUUGUGUGGAGCGUGAAUGGGCCAAAUCUAUUGCUGGUUGUAAUAUGUUCUCGGUGACCAAUAAGCUACGCAAUCUGAAACCUGGGCUUAGAAAGAUCCUUUUUCAACAAGGAAACUUGCAUAAAAAAGUUAUUCAGCUGCGUAAGAACUUAGAUGAAGUUCAGAAGUUGGUGGACUCAAACCCGUUGGAUGUAGAGGUUCGACAAAGGGAACAACAAUGCCUUCAUGAUUUUAAAGUAGCGGCCUAUGAUGAGGAAUGCUUCUUGAAACAAAAAUCAAAAGUGGAGUGGCUAUGUGCUGGGGAUUCUAAUACGACAUUCUUUCAUAAUUCAGUCAAAUGCAGAAACAACCAAAGUAAAAUUCAUUGCAUUCGGGAUGUAGCAGGAAAAUCGGUUUGA